CGUUUGCAGAUUCAUCAAGAAGAGUCACAACUAAGUUUGAGCUUCUUGUGGAUUCUCUGACAAACGGUGUUAGUUGUAGCAGAAGGUGGUUAAAAUUUUGUGUAUUUUUUUUUAAAAUUGCAUUUGUGAAUUCUGUGCCUCGAAAUGAGAAAAAAGCACAUUCCAUCGAUCAUUUGGUUCCUGUGUCUCUGUGCCACAUCUACCACUGCCAUCCAGAUAGAUAAUCGUCUAGUGUCUGCACAAAAUGAUUGCUUCGAGAGGAUUGCUCUGGGGGCGAUGAUGCCCUUCGACAGCACCUUCAGGAACACCGACACUAACUUACUGAGGACAUGUGAGGAGCUGUGUGCCCGAGAAGGCCCCAAAUGCCAGACAUUUGCAUUCGGAAUUCAUCCAAGAGGAAAUGGCACGUGCCAACUAUCAUCUCAGAGAAUCGAUGCCAGUAAAUCACGUCCUGUGGGUACAAUCUUCGAUCCUGACUUCGAUAUGUAUGCCAGGAAGGAGAAUUGUCUGCCCACGCAGGGUACAACGAGUCAAUUGCCCUUUCCUGGUGGUUUUCCCGGAGGCACAGAUCGUCCUGCCCAGUUUCCACCAUCUUCAACAUCAGAUCGACCAGCUGGGCCGCCGUUUACCUCUGUAGAGUCAACAGAAAAUACCAGACCACCUUCAACACCUAACUACACCCCCACUGAUACCACUGGAAACUCUCCUGCAACGACAGGAAGCACUGGGGAGACAACGUACGGUACUCAGACGACAAAUCGCUACCCAGAAACUCCUUAUCCCUCAACUGAAGGGUAUCCCAAUCGACCUAAACCACCUUCUUAUCCAGGAGGACCACAAUAUCCUUCCAAUGGGAGGCCGUAUGGACCAGAAUAUCCUUCCUCCCCGGGAAGGUAUCCUGGGCAAAGACCCGUGGACACUGCCACUGACUCCAAUGGAGGACAUUCAGGGUACUAUCCAGCAAUUAACCAACGACCAACGCACCCAAAUGCACAACACAAGAUUAGACCCUUGGCUCCCCUGGAUGAGCGUGAUAAGUAUCGUCCAAGGCCUGGAACAGGAUCAAUUGCAGGAGAUCGUGAAACAGGAUAUGGAUCAAGGCAGCCUGACCGGGUUGUAGGAGGAGGAGGAGGAGGAGGAGGAUAUCAAGUGACAGAACUUCCUACUGGUCAGGAUACCAGGCCAUCGGAUCCCUACGGCAAUCCCUCGAAUAUGUAUGAGAAACCCGUGAAGAAUGAUAAAUAUAAACCACCAACUGGAGGAGGAGCUUAUGGACCAAGCGGAGGAUCAGGAUAUCGACCAAGACCGGAACCACCGUGCUUUCGAAGAGUUCUGGCCGGGAAAAGAGUUGCAUCUCAUUGGGUUCGAAGGACCCUUUCAUGUGAAAGAGUCGAGGAUUGCCAACGGGAAUGCGGUGAAGAAAAACGUUUCAUUUGUGAGGGAUUUAAUUACCGUCUGGAUCCAUCAGGACGGGGUCAGGGCAACUGUGAACUGACCGAAGUACCUCUUGGCGAAAUGGACCUCUACUCGAGUCCCUUCCACCGGGAUAAGAACCUAAUCAACCAUCCCGAUUACGAUUACUACGAAAGGGAUCGUAGCAAUUCUCCGAGUUGUAAGAUGCCCAGUGGAUGUGUUAAUUGCGGUCUGAAGCCCUACCGCCCUCCACCGCAACCCCAACCCUACCCACCUUCAAGCCAUGGUAGUGGACCAUCGGACUUUUACAGACCAACUACAUUUAGGCCACAGAUAGAUAACUAUCCAGGCUUCCCUCCAGAUCGAUACAAGCCUGAGACUAGUGGAUACGGAGGACACUUCAGACCACCGACGUCUGACUACAACCGAUAUGACAUCUCCACAGCUGUAGAUGUCUAUCGACCACCAAGUUAUCAAGGGUACAAGCCUUAUGGGGUAGACCGGUAUGAUCAAUUCAGACCAUCACGCCCCGAUCGCCCUUCAUUUACCGGUCCUCCAACUGGAUACUACGAUCACGAAAGACAGGAUUACGGAAGGCCUCCUCCUGAACCCUUCUAUCGACCAAGGCCCGAUAGCUAUCAUCCAAGACCUUCAUUAAACAAACCCCGCCCAAGCUAUGGAGGACCUCCAGAUACAGCUGAUGGAUACAGGGAACGUUACCCACCGCCUCGGCCAGCUUACAAUUACCUUGACCGAGAUGAUAAACCCACAGGAGGAACUUACAAACCCCCACCGCCUCAAUCGAAUUUCGUCCCUUAUCUCAUCGGCCAAAGUACAUACGGCGGUAGCUACAGUGGAAGUACCUCGGGGUCUUAUUGGGGAGUCCAGCAGUCUGCGUAUGAAAACAAACGUCCCGAAGGUGGUCAAUUCAAUUACUUCGAACUCGGUGGGAAUCAGAAAUACUCCCAGCCGGAGGACAACAGUAUCUGGGGUUAUCCAGGAAGUCGAUAUGGCCCAGAAGAUCGGCCCCAUCGAGUAGAUUACGGUACACAGUGGACCAGACGUCCGGGAGUUGAUGAAUGCAGUGUGAAAUCUAGUGAAGGAUUUAGGCUUCACAAGGGUGUAGUGAGGUUUGCAUAUGCUGUACCCAAUGUCCGGGAAUGCGAAAAAAUGUGCGUAGGUGAGGAUAAAUUCAAGUGCUACACGUACAGCUAUAGAUACACCGGAGGAACUAGGGACAAUUGCUUCCUCUGUGAUAGGCCUUACAAUCUACUGGAUUACUAUGCAGACCUCGAGCCGGACAGAGAUUGUGAUAUCUACUCAAUGACGGAUGAUAUGAAGUCAUGCACCAAGCAACCAGCCAGGGAGGAACAGAAUAAUGCUCAAUGUUUUUUUAAGGCCAUUGAUGGGAAUCGCUUCUUCAAGUCCAUUGUCCGGGAUUCUCUGACUGUAAAGUCUAUUGGGGAGUGCGAGUGGGAAUGCAUCAAAUCUACAAAGUUCACUUGCAGAUCCUUUACGUUUAGGUAUCGAGCACAUGGUCAUGAUUCUGUGAUCGACAACUGCCAGUUAUCGGACUGGCCCUGCAAGGACAUUGACAAGGAUCGGCAUUUAGUAGCUGACCCUUCCUUUGACAUCUACGAAAGAGCAAGUUACGGUCAUGGAUGUGAACUUCAACCAAUUGUUGAUGAAAAGCAUCAGAAAUUGUGUUAUUUAGGAUACGGAUCUCCUGCUAAAUUACUCUCCUCAGCGAUCAAGAAAGUGGUAUCUGCUCCUACGGAACUGGAGUGUAAAAACGAAUGUGUUCGGUUUAGAGAAACUACACCCUUCAAGUGCUAUUCCUUCAGUUACGGAUCUCAAGCCUCAUCGUACAACUGCGAGAUGUCCGAUCUGGACCAGAGUGAGCUGAAGUUGAACGUCCACUAUGCACAUACAACAGACAGGGAUUUCUGGCUCUUCGCAUGGAAUCCUUUUGAUUUCACUUGCAGGGACAAGGUGACAUCGGUCAGUGGGAACAGAAAUGAUCGCCGAAUGGAUGUAUUCCGAGAACCGGGCGAGACACUGCGCCACUUCACCGUGUCCGGAAAACCCUGCCGUCAGGGAGCCAAGUGCGAGCAGAAUCUCGUGACAGGUUUCUACUCCUGCGAAAUCGACGGAGGUGAAAUCGGAUCCUGGGACUACUGCUGCAAAGAGGAUCAUCCCUGUGGAUACUCCCAAGGCUUUGAUUAUCCUUGGUGUUACGUAGGUGAUAAGCUAGAUCAGUGGCGAACAUGUAGUGAUCGCUACUUCCCCAGCAAACCAUCUGGUCACACAUCGACACACCCCACGAAGAAAAAAGGAGAGAUCUAUCAACAGCCACCAAGACCUGGAGGUCUCCAGAGCUUAGAAGAGUUGUCAGCAGCACGUCUCUGGCCCAUCACCUUCCUCUACAACGAGGGACCACCCAAUUCCACAGAACUCAGCAAUGUUGUGGACUGCAAGAAGGAAGAUUGCUGAUCCUGCACCCAAACACAAUCCCUCUACAACCCAUUCUUCGCUUAUUUAUACUCCGCUCCGAGAUAUUUCAUGCUCAGUUCUGUAAUUUGAUACAAUACAAGAGAUUUUUCAUGAAUCUUA